AUGGGGAAGUCAAUAUGGAGUCCCAGAAAAUGGGAGGAAUGGGCGGAGAAGAGAGCGACGGCGAUAUGGACCAAUUUACAAACGAAUAAUUUGUGGCAGCGGAUGCUAAAAAAUACUUUGGCGACUACAAUCUGUAUCAUCAUCGCCAUCAUGCCACAGGUGGUAGCUGUAUAUGGAAAAGCCGCAUACCUUGCGCCAAUAACCACAGUUUUUGGACAUCCAGGGAGGCGUUUUGGUAUGAUGGCAGAGGCUCUAAUAUUGACUUUAUCAGGAACAAUGCUUGGUGUAGCUUGGUCUAUGCUCGCAUUGUACUUGUCGAGUCUUGUGUAUCACAGUAAUCCUCAAGCAGCAUUUACCAUUCGAGGGAUAUUUCUCGCUAUCGCGUUGCUCUUUCAUGGAGUCCUCAGGUCGCAUACACCACGUCUGUUUCUUAUGGUGCUACUCCUAAUUAUUGUAGUUCUUGUCAGUAUGACUAGUACAGCUACGGCAGUUACAACUCUUUCAGUCACUCAGCUGGUCUACCCUAUCACAACUGCUAUUGCCGUUCUACUUGCUGUGAACACUCUUGUUUUCCCAGAAUUCUCCAGUAGCUUUCUAGGAAUCACCACUAUCGAGACCCUUGGCGAAACGGUUGGAGCUCUGCGCGAUGCCGGACGAUACUUCAUUGCCAUUACCGAAGGUUCUGAGAGUGCUAUAACAGAUACCAGAUUAGAAAACAUUGUUAGUGCAUGUGGGAGUGGAAACGGUGAAGACCUUCAUAGACCUCCGACAUUGGCAGAAAAGCCACCCGAGAAGUCCAGAGUCAAUGGCUUGACCUUGAGGCAAAAGAUUCUCUCCUUUUUCCAGAAGGCUCAAGAACCGCCUGCGCCACUUCCAGCAAACGUCGAGAAAGGCCCACAACCCGUAAAGUUAAAAUCUUUGACAGACAAAAAGGCCAAACUGCGUGCAAAGUUGGCAGGAUGUAAGGCAGCGCAACAAGAAUGCAAUUUUGAACUUGCGUGGGCAGUUCUUCCACCAAGAGAUGUGAAACCUAUCAGUGACAUCGAGAUGAAGAAACUUGUGGCCAAUACCAUCGCUUUAAUAGGGGCUUGUGAAAGCAAAUAUGCACUAAUGGGGGACGAGAAUGAUAAGAAUGAGUCUGGGAAUAAAGAUGGAGCAAAGCUCAAAACGGUUGCCGAAAAUGGUGGUGUCGAAACCCCAGAGGCGGAGGAUUCAUCACGACCAACGACAGACAUGGAUACAUAUGAUGAAAGAAGUUCAGAUGAGAAGAAACCUUCCAGGAAGGAAAGGCGCAAGCAAAAGAACAAAAGAAGAAAGGACAGAAAAAAGGUCAAGUCUUUGAUCGAGAAGGAAAUGGAGAAUUUGGAGUUAAUCAAGCCGAGGAAAGAAAUCGAGUAUGGUGAUAUUGAUUUGUUGAAGUAUCUUGUGAAUCGUAUCGCAAAGCCAUUGUCCAAUCUCCAAGAAAAGAUUGACAGAAGUGUUGACGUUGUUUCGUCCUCCCUCGCUUAUUGCUACGAUGUCCCUAAACUCCCGUCAGGAAUUCGAGCACCUGCCGGGAUUCGACUUGAGGAGAUUGACAUUCGUGUCGAUAUUUUAGUCGACGCGAUUGCUGAUUUCGAUAGAACUUCAGCAGCGGCAUUAGAGGGUGCUGCAGCGCUACACGAUCUAGGCGGGCCUCAGGUUGAUAUAAUGCCUCGCAUGGAGACGUUCUUGAUUUCCUCAUUCUUGUUGAAUCUUCGUCAAGCCGCCUUGCAUACACUUGGAAUGCUUAGACAUUCUCGGGUUCUAGUCGAAAGACGACAGGAACUACAUGGUCAAAAAAGAAUAUAUCUUCCUCAAAUUAAUUGGAGGAAAUGGCUUCAAUCUGGUGGUGAAACCGAUAUGUUAGCUUUACCCGAUAAUGCACGAAAGGAUGCAAGAACAGGUAAAAAGAAAGAAGAUGCUGCAGACGAUGCGGUAAGCAUUCAUAGUGGAGAAACACUACUGGCCACAAAGGACGUGGAGUCAGCGAUCCCUAAAAAGGAAACCCCAGUACAACCACCGAAAGUUGCAGAUGAACCUGUAAAGGAGAAGAAGAAAGGAACGCUUAUGCUUCGAUUCCGAAAUAGGUCAGCUGAUAUUAUCGAGUACUUGGUUGGUAGCGACGACAUCUCAUACGCCAUCAAAUUGACUGUUGCCGUCUUUAUUGUAACUUGGCCGGCUUUUCUUGUUCAGUGGAAUACUUGGUAUUCCUUGAACAGAGGCCUUUGGGCUGCCUUGCAGUUGGUGGUCAUUACAGAAGUUGCCAUUGGAACCUCUGUCAUGACUUUCAUGUUACGUGGUGUUGGUACAACCAUUGGGUGUGUGUGGGGCUAUGCAGCAUACCAAGCUGGCCAGGGCAACAAAAUAGUCGCUGUAGUGAUGAUAGUUAUUGGCAUCAUUCCAUCCACCUACAUUCAGCUUGGAUCUAAAUACAUCAAGGCGGGUAUGGUCACCAUCAUCUCAAUGUCGAUAGUAGUUCUUGCUACCAUAGAUAAAGUUGUUCCCGGUUCAGCUACCGAGAACUUUCUGAAAAGGCUGAUUGCCUUCUUCAUUGGUGGAGUGGUGGCCCUCAUUGUGGAAGUUGCGCUCUUCCCGGUCAAAGCCCGCGAUCGUCUUGUGGAGUCCCUUGCGUGCUCCAUACGCCAAAUCACAGAAAUGGAAGCAUGUCUAGCCUAUGGUAUCGAAACGGAAAUCAACAACGUCAAUGUUCGUUCUCCAGCCGUUAUAUCGCGAUUUUCCAUCGCCAAAGCGAAGGCCGAGGGCGCUCUAGCGGCUGCAGAAGCAUUCCUUCCAUUCUGCGCUAAUGAGCCACGUCUCAAAGGUUCCUUUGCACCUCAUGCUCUUAUCUAUGGAGAGAUUCUUUACGUAUUACAUGCUAUUGUAGAUCGUAUGGAGAACAUGCUUAUCUUACGUCACGAAUAUGGGUCUGGUGUUCUCGAAGAACUCAAUGCCCAAGUUUAUCCCUAUCGGCGUAAUGUUGCUGGAUCUAUUACGCUGAUUCUUUUCGCGACUCACGAAGCUCUCACGACGAAACUUCCUCUUCCUCAGUUCUUGCCCUCCGCUCGCCUCGCUCACCUUCGCAUGGUUAAUCGUGUCCGAGAGGUUGUUCUUUCCUCCAACCUCAAAGAGUCUUCACACGAACGGUCCGAAAUUGAAGUCUCGAUGGUUAAACGAUUUGUCCGCCAAAAGUUCCUAUCUUGGAAUGCAGCCUCCGCUGGUCAAAUUGAAGUUAUUGAAUAUCUUGAAGAACUCAUCGAUCUUGUCAAGCUAUUAGUGGGAGCAAAUGAGUUUAGAAGUGGAUUGUUGACAAGAGGUACUUAUAGAGAGUGGGUGGAUAAGAUUCAAAGACCUGAUACAGUAGAAUCAGAGAUGCUGCCCGCUGAUGGAGCUGUGGAGGAAAAAGAACCGCAAAUGACAUCGGGUAGAAAGAGAAGGCCAACGUUUAGUAAUACGAGAGAGAAAAUCUUUGGACCAAGUGCUGGAAAUGCCACUAAUACACGGCCCGACAGCGCAAGGCCUGGUACCGCAAGACCUGGUACGGCGAGACCAGGCACGGGAUCGAAGGCCGCAACGAUGGAGAAAUUGGAGGUGGAGAAAGAAAAGAAAGACAUGGAAGAGGAAUUGCCAAGAGUUUUACAAAGGGUUCGCACGAGAAGAAUGAGUGAAAUGAAGGGUAUGGCAGAAAGGAGGAGUAAAGAGGAUAUGGGUAUUGGUAAUGCUGGGAAAGGAAAUGGAUUAGGGAAAUAA